AUGGACGAUGCAUUACUGGCAGAGCUGGGGUAUAAAGCCGAAUUCAAGCGGGAGUUUACGCUCAUUGAGACGGUGGCCUUUGCCUUCUCGAUCAUGGGUGUAGUGGCUUCCGUGUCAUCCACCUUCUCGUUCCCUUUGGAGUCAGGUGGUCAUGUCGGGAUGGUCUUUGGGUGGCUUGUUCCGUCACUCUUUGUCCUUUCAAUCGCGGCAUCUAUGGCCGAGUUGACUUCGUCGAUGCCGACGAGCGCCGGACUCUAUUACUUCUCUGCAAAGCUAGCCCCGCCGAAGUGGUCUGCGUUAGCAAGCUGGAUUACAGGAUGGGCCAACGUGACUGGUCAAGUUACGUUGGUGUGUUCCAUCGACUUUACUUGUGCCCAGAUGAUCACGACUGCAAUUGCCGUAGGCUCGGACGGAGCUGUGACUCUGGGUGCUGGCCCGACGUACGGUAUCCUGUGGGCUAUCCUGAUUUCUCACGGGGUCGUCUGCUCAGCGGCUACGAACGUUCUUGCACGUCUGAAUCUAGCGUAUGUGCUAUGUUGUGCAGUGGGUACCACCAUCGCCGCAAUCAUUGCACUUCUAGUGUGCUCCGGGAAUAAUGGGACUAGAGUAUCUACUAGAGAUGCCUUUACCAUGUUUGAAAAUAACACCGGAUGGGCCAAUAGCGGGUGGGCAUUCAUGUUGGCCUUCACCGCGCCGAUGUGGACUUUAACAGGCUACGACUCCGCUGCUCAUAUAUCGGAAGAGGUUGCUGGUGCAGCGAGGGCCGCUCCGAUCGCCAUUCUGGUUGGGGUCGGUGCGACCGCUUCCCUCGGCUGGCUGCUUUUCAUAUCUGCGUCCUUCGCCACACAAUCUGUCUCCGACCUUCUAGCGACGACCCUUCCUCUUCCUAUGGGCCAAUUGUUCCUGGACAACCUCGGUAAGAAAGGCAUGCUGGCUAUCUGGAGUCUUAUCAUCAUUUUUUUCCCUCAGUACGUUACCGGGGCUGCCCAGGGUGUCGAUGCUUCUCGCGUUGUCUUUGCAUUCGCAAGAGAUAAUGCUUUACCCGGAUCACGCUGGUGGAAGCAGAUCAACAGGCGUACGCUCACCCCCGUGAACGCCGUCUGGCUCGUGAUGGGCCUGGCGGGUAUCUGCGGGCUCCUUGGUUUUUCUGCAACUGCGCUGUCAUCUCUAGCAGGAGCGUCGGUCAUUGGAUUGUAUACUUCUUACGCCACGCCCAUAUUUUUACGAAUUACGUCCGGUCGGGAUAAGUUAGUGCCAGGACCGUUCUCACUUGGUCGGUGGUAUAUGCCCAUAGGUAUCGUUGCUGUCGCGUGGGUCGCAUUUAUCAUUGUCUUGUUAUUGUUCCCGUCGGCGUCAAGUGUUACCGCCGACGAGAUGAAUUACGCCGUGGUUUUGGUCAUGGCCGUCUUCAUCUUUGCUGGGAUAUCUUGGAUAGUGUCCGCUCGUCGCUGGUUCACUGGCCCUAUCUCCAACGUAGAUAUGAGCACCACUACCACGUAUGACGAGAAGCAGCUAGAAAGACGACAUGAUUAG